AUGUUCAAGCUGUUUCUGUCGAAGCUUCCAAAGAGUGUCCCCGCGAAGGAGACGGGGGAGUUUCUUGCAACGCUUUUUCCUGAAGCCGUGCAUAUUCAACUGCUGCAGGGAUCACAAAGCGGGACACACAAGGGACACGCCUACGUCCACUUCGAUAAUGAGGCGGCGGUAACCGAUGCACUUCGACGAGUGGGCGAGGGGCCACCGCCGACGCUCCAUGAAGUGCCGAUUCACGUGAGACGUGCCAGUCGUGUUGAGGCCGGGGAGCAUGACAGUUUGUCCCCUCAGGCGUUGCCGCCGCAGCUCGCACACUACGCACACUCCAUGUGCGCAACGGUUUCUUCCUCAGCGGUGGACGCCCUUGAUGGGGUCGUGGCCCGCUGCGAGCUCGGCGACGGUGUCACGGCUGUAGCUUUCGGAACAGAAGCCCAAUUGACUGCUGCGCUGGAGUCGUGUCGGGAAAACGCGUCAAGGUGUUUGCCUCCUCUCUUGCCAGAGCUGUUAUCAUCACAGGUCACGAGAAAGCGCCGGCGCGGUGACGAGGACGGUGACGGCGGGAGUCAUCGUAGGGAGGGACGUAACGACUCCCACGACACCGGGGCCGGCGUGGGCGAAAGGCCACUGACAUUGGAGACUGCCGCGGAUGUUGUGGCCUUGUAUGAGCGGCGUGGGCUGGAGCCACUCACCCCAGCGGCGGCCCUGGCCCUGCUGCAGGAUUUCAUGGGAGGACGCGGUCGUAUCGCGCUGAAGGACCAAAAGGGUAACAUUGCGGUGAUGAUGCUGCCAGCCCACGCAACGGCUCUGGAGUGA